AUGGCAGAGAAGGUUAAAUUAGAAAAGGCAGAGAAACUGGAAAAACAACAAAAACCAAAAAAUACGGAGAACUUGGAAAAACAGCAAGAAACUGAAGAAAUUGUGGCAGAUGAAGUGAUUAUCGAGGCUCCUGAAGUUACUGGAAAAGUCAAAACGAGUGCCAAGGUGCUCAACGCCUAUGAACAGUGCAAAUUGGAGUGUAAAAAACAACGGGACAGUGUACAGGCACAGGAGUAUGUCGAGCAGCUUCGAGCAGAACUAGCAGCCGCUGAGGCAGCAUUGGCUGCAGAAACUGCUGCCGCUACAUCUGCUUCUGAAAAAGCUCAGCCUGAGCCGAUGUUCGUGGAAGCUUAA